AUGUCAACAACUGCACUAGGAUAUAAUACUUGUCAACAUCAGUUAAACAACAAUUUCAAUAUUCAAUCUGAAUCAAAAUGUUCCACGUGUUCAAAUAGAAAACUUUUAAUUCUACCUAAUCAAACCAAUAAUGAUCAUGAUAGUUAUGUAUAUAAUUGUUGUGAAUUAAAACAAGAUCCUUUUCAAUCUAUCAUCAAUUCAAUUUAUGAUAGUAAUAAUUCUAAUUGUACAAUAACAUCAUUUCUUCAAAAUGAUAAUCAUAAUCAUAAUGAUAAUCGUGAUCAGAAAUCAUUCAAUUCAAAUCAAACUCUUUUAUUGAAUCCAAUUUAUAUAAAUGAGAUUUGUUUAAAUGAAUUCAUAUAUCAUACGAAAAUGUAUCCAAUUCAAAGAUCAUAUGAUACAUUCCGUCAUAAUUGUAUGUUAUACUCUAAUACAAUCAAUGAAAAUAUUCAUCUAUUUAUUAAACAACACCAACGACAACAACAAGAGAAUUGUAUUCAUUGUAUAUUGAAAUGUGACAAUUUAGUUUUAGCGCCUAAAUUAAAUGAAACUAUUUCUUAUUAUUAUGAUGAUAAUAAUAAGAAGAGUAUUAACAGAAAUGAAUGCCAAUACUAUCUAUUAGAUAGAAUGAAUAGAAUGUGUAAAUAUAAUCAUUUCAAUGAAUAA